UUACGUAGGGUCGUAAACUGGUAACAUCCGCCAAUCAAAUCCGUCUGUCUAUGCGUGUGACCUGGUCUAGAAUCGAAAGCUCUUCUGAACUGAAGAGACUGUAAUUUAUCUUUGCGCGAUGAAAAGAGUACGCUACCUCGCGCUGGUGUUGUAUGAUGUAGGAUCAUUUGGAUCGCACCUCGUUCCUUUGGCCAGAGAUGCUACGUUCUAAUUCAAUCUCACAAAUUUAUGUUACAUCGUUAGACUCCUAAUUUGAGUUUAUGAUCUAUCAGUCGUGACGUUUACGAGUCAUUUACAAGGAUCUGGAAACUCGUAUAAAGCAUGCAGUAUACACGCGUGUUGCACGCGUGCAAUUGAAAUGAAAUUUUGAUAACGGAAGCAUCUAUCAUUGUCAUCGAAGAUUGACGUAUGGUAAAUAAUAGCGCAAGGGCGGUGCACGAGAAUGAGCAAACGAGAGAAACAGAAGGAGCAAGUGAGAGAGAGAGAGGAGCUCGCGACUCAACCUGCUCUCGAAUCAGCUUCCAGGACGCGCGGCAGGGUUCACAGCUUCCACCUCUGUCGCUCCCUCGGCCCCUGGACUCUCAUACCUCAUCUCUCAUCCCGACCCCCGGCCGACCACUCGUGCCGUUUCUCUCUUUCUCAUCUUCAACUAGUUCAGUUGCACCCUCACCUCGCGCUCGGUGUGCACUCCGCACGCCGUCAGUUGACACGCGUCGGAAACGUUGCCGGCAAAAGCAAAGUACGCUCUCACCACCAACGUAGUCAUCGAGGAGAAAGGUGCGCGAAGUGAUAAGAAGAAGCUCAACGAAUAUCAUGAGGCUCCUCGCGGUCGCCGUGGGUUUCCUCCUUCAGGCGUGGAUCGUGUCCUGCGGGACACGACCCAGCUUUGUCUCUGAUCAAAUGAUCGCAACUGCGGCUAGUGUUGUAAACGCCUGUCAAACGCAAACGGGAGUUGCCACAGCCGACAUAGAAGCGGUAAGAAACGGUCAAUGGCCGGAAACACGCCAAUUGAAGUGCUACAUGUAUUGUCUCUGGGAACAAUUUGGUCUAGUCGACGAUAAGCGAGAGCUGAGUCUAAACGGCAUGCUGACGUUCUUCCAAAGAAUACCUGCCUACAGAGCCGAGGUCGAAAAGGCGAUCAGCGAGUGCAAGGGGAUCGCCAAAGGCGACGACUGCGAGUACGCGUACACGUUCAACAAGUGCUAUGCCGGGCUAUCUCCGAGAACUUACUAUCUCUUCUAACGCGUCGCGGAAGGACAAUGGCAGAAAAACCAAAGAUGAGAUGCUCAAGAUACCCAUUUCGCCGAAUGUGUUGAGAUUUUUACGUUUAAAUUACUUUCCACUUUAUGUAACUAUGCCAUAUCGCGUAAACCGUAUACGAUGUGUCGAUGAAAUAAAGGACUCAACGAUUUAAUGCGUA